AAUUAUAUUUAAUAUAUAUUAUUAAGCAAUUAUAUUUAACAUAUACAUUUUUUGUUAGGUCACAAAUCAUUUUAACUGUCUAGAUUGCGAGUGCGCCGAGAUUGUGUGUUUAUUUCGGAAAAUUAAUCUACAGCCGUACUGAGCUAUGGUCGCCAAACGCGCUAAUUUUAACAUUCGUCCGGUAACAAAGAGCUCUUAUGCAAACAUCAUCCACGGAGUGCUGUGCAAUAAUUCCGUAAAAUUGAAUUUUUUUAACUAGAGUAUGCUAUCUCCCUUCUCCCCCAACCUGUCACGAUCAACCACUCUAAUGCUCUCUUCAUUCUCUCUUGCUUGCUCUCUCUCUCUCUCUCUCUCUCCCUCCCUCUAUAUUUCUCUCUCUUUUCCUCUGUACCACUAUCUCGUCUGUAUCUGUCUCACCAUCAAGCUAAAAAACAUUUUCACACACACACACACACACACACACACACACACACACACACACACACACCUAUACAACUUAACAUUUCGUUAGGCUCGGAUCACGACAACUCGUCUGGGUACCGCCGGUGGCUAGACGGUCCUAGAACGGAUGCAUUGUGCCGUCGCGUUUUUUUUUAGUUUUUUUAUUAGCAGCAGUGUACCCCGCGUUCUUCUGAGCAGCACCAGCGAAAAAGAAACAGAAACAGAUCAAUGCGCACUGUACAACAAACACACUAUCGCGCUUUGUCCACGUCCGGAAAAAUUCCACUUAAACGCAAUAGGUAACUUCAAUAGCGUCCAUACGUCUUCAUUGUGGGGAAUUAGACAGCCGCAGCGGAUGUUUUUUGCCAAUUUUGUUUUUUUUUUUCUGCACGCAUGAUUACCACUACCUUUGCGAACACAUGCACACACACACACAUUGAGGCAAGCGCAGGCAAUAUAUCGCACAGCUACAUCGGAAGAUAUCACUAACUGAAAUUCCAAGAAGCUCUCUUAAGGAUGCUGCGAAACCAAUCGCCUCUCGCUCGCACACACGCUCGCUCGUUCGCUCGCUCUCUCGCUUUCUCGCACGGUGGCGAGGCUCUCUCGCAGUGUGGCCCUCAAACGCGCGUGGAGUCGGCGGCUCGUGUGUGGUUGCUCCAGUAUUAGUGCGUAAGGUUACGCUCAAUCGCACCAUCGAAGUGAAAACUGAAGGAAGCGCACACCCAUCAUAAAUGCGCAAGAGCUUGAAGCGGCCGGUGAUUGUAUAGAAGCGCAGUUAAAAGUUCUCCGGCGGUGCAGUUCCAGUGCUUUGUGAACAGGAUGAGCCAAGCAGCUGAAGGGAGUGAUACCGGUAACGGUGUACCAUCGUCACCGAUAGCCAGAAGUGUAGCCGAGUCCAGCGCAACCCCUUGGCGUCCGAUGACGUUUCCGGACUUGCGUGGGUUCCCCGCCGCACAGCAGCUGUACGGUUUGCCGGUUCCGAUCGAUUUGAGCUUCCUACGCUCACCUGUCAGCAGUGAUGAGGGGGCAUCGGGACAGCCGUGGCAGCAGCAGCAGCAUGCCGACUUACCGUCCCAGGUAAUUACACCUCGGGCAGACGAGCUGGUGGAAGCCGAUGUCAGUGGUGCUCCAGUGGCUCCAAUGAGAAUUAAAUCCGCUGGGCUGGUCCCGAGAGCUAGUGGCGCCGUAGCGGUAGUGGAACCGUAUCAACACGAGACCGGGUCUGAUGAUGAAGCAAACGAACAAGACUCGUCGGAAUUGGACGACGUUAUGAUUCCCGCAUGUCCAACUGCUAUUAGCGCACCGAUAUUUUUGCAACCCGAAAAUGAGGAAGCAAAUAUGACAGCAUUCAAUGGUGCUGCAUCGAUUGCUAACCCGUGCUGGCCACCGCUGCAUGAGCAUACGGAACAGCCCGACCAGCAACUAUCCGUCGAUGUUCCAAUCAUAGUUAAACUAAUCGGUAGAGCAGGAUCGUACGGUUCACUGUACGCGAUUUGGUACGCUCAAUUGGGAAGCCACGAUAUCAUGGAGCGUAUCCCGGAUUGCGUCAUAUUUGACCCAGAGCUGCCACCGGAUCACCAGGGACCCCCACCGAUACUUACAUCGCUUUUGCUGCAACGCAGAAUGUCGACUGGCGAGCUGGUGACGGUUCCGUAUGGCCCGAAGCAGAUGCCUGGCCAUUCGAUUGAAUAGGAUGUGCCCACGAAAACGGUGCAGCUAUCGGUAAACCAAACCUACCCUUGUUUGUACCCUUAUUGGAGAAAGUGGACCAAUUUUGAGGAUUAAUUUUACUUUAAUACAAUGUAUUUUGGUAAAAAAUCAUUUAAACGUUAAACAUUUGUAUGACUACAUUUUGUACUAAUAUUUGAAGUCAAUAAAGAAAACAAUAUUUUUGAAGAGUUCAUACCGCAUAACAAAGACAUGAUAUAUGUUUCCUUUAUUCCUUCGGCAUACUCUCCCUAAAUGGUCGACUGUUUGCAUUAAACCACGUGCCGUCUUCAGUAU